GCUCACAUGUGCUGACCUCUAACUAGUGUCAUGGUGAAGAACAUGUGUUUGAAACAACAUAACAUUUUCGUUUUAAAUGAUUUAAAUUUUCAAAACAAACGUAUUUGUCUCCAACUGAAUUAAAGAUAUAUACUGCGAAUUGUUCACAUGUGUGGUGUAAAUACUUUCUUUAGGAAUAUUAUCACUACAUUCGAAAUUAUAAAUAACACGACGAAAACAUAACCUCAUACUAGAAACUGAUGAACGAUGGUAUAGAAUUUCAGUUUCUCUGGAAGUAAUUAAGAAAAUAUAUUAUGAAGAAUCUAACAGCGAAACAAUUGCAAAGAAUGGAGAAAAAGAAAAAGAAAAUGGCUGCGCUUUUAGAAAUUACUAAAUUAAAUGAUAAAGAUAGAGAAGCGAAGUCACUUGCACUUAAAAAGGCGUCUGAAGAAGCAGAAAAGUCCAAUGAUACGGAUAGUAGUGAAAUUUCUAUAGAAGAAAAUUCUACACGUAAGCGACCUUGUAGUGAAGAUGUAAAAGUGACUCUUCUGGAAGAUUCUACUACAAAAGUAAAAGUGGAAACUAUGGGUGACACAUCAAGUCCACUUGCUAAUAAAAAGCCUAGAUUAAGUGGAGACGAAUAUCUAAAAUUGAAGCAGGAAUUAAGAGAACGUAAAAGACAAUUUAGAGUGAUACCUCGAUUUCGUUUAAAAGCAGUUGGUGAAAGUGCUAGUUUAUGUAUAAAUGUCAAAAGUGAAAAUAGAAUUCCAAUUUUUCUUAGUGAUAUACAACAUUUGUUGUUAUAUUCCUUACAUGGACAUCACUCACCAUAUAUGCCAACAAGAUGGUGCCACCUUGAGAAAUAUAAUAGGGUCACACAUACAGUGGUCCUUGUUGUCGAAGGUCUCUCUUUAUACCAUUUUAUGGCAUACGAAAGUGUGUUUCCACAUAUAACAACAAAAUUGGAGCACCGUGUAGAGGUAGUUACACCUGCAGCAUAUGGAGGGUCAGUUGUGGAAGAUCUAGCAGCAGUUCCUAUAACUGGAAUACAAAGUGACAACUUGAUUAAACAGUAUGGAUCUCUAGAGGCUGCUUUAAAAAGUACAGAGGAUGUAAUAAAAUUAUUGAAAACUGUUUUCCCAAUGAAUUGCAUAAGAUCAACAACAACAACAACUGAUUCAUCAAAAAAUGGAUCUGAUUUACCUCCUACGGACAGGUUUCCCAGAACAAGUUUACUUUUGUCUUUAUGUCAGAUGGUCGAAGAAAAUUAUCCAGUACCCCUUAAGGGGGAAUUAGCAAAAAAGUACGAAAAUUAUAUGAUGACAAAAGACUCUUAUUUGGAGGCCAGUCCAAGAUCUCCAAUGUAUGCUUUAGAUUGUGAAAUGUGUAGAACUACAACCGGAGAAUUAGAGUUGACGAGAAUAUCCAUUGUCGACGAAAGUUUGAAUAUUAUUUACGAUAGUCUGGUUGUACCAGAAAAUCCCAUCACGGACUAUCUCACCCGAUUCAGUGGUAUUACAAAAGAGAUGUUGGCAGAUGUAUCGACUACAUUACCCGACGUUCAACAAGUUUUACGAAAUUUGCUUCCGGCGGAUGCUAUUCUCACUGGACAAAGUUUGAAUUCUGAUUUACAUACCUUGAAAAUGAUGCAUCCGUACAUCAUUGAUACAUCUGUAAUCUUUAACCUUACUGGUGAUAGGUACAGAAAAACGAAGUUGCAAACAUUGGUCAGGGAAUUUCUAGGGGAGAGAAUACAAGAGCACAAAUCCGGGCAUUGUUCAACCGAGGAUUCGAAGGCCGCAAUGAAAUUAACAAAAUUGAAAUUAGCGAGAAGUGUAGAUUAUGGUGACGCAGUAUUGCUAGGAAGAUGCGAUAUGGGCAUGUUGAAGAUGGAAGUAGAUCAGCAUAAAAAUGUAGAUAGAAAGACAGAAAUCGGUAGAUAUGCCACUUCGCUUUUUAAACAUGUAACGAAGAAUCAGAAAACAGCUGCAAUUGUGGGUAAUGGAGAAGUUAUGAACGAAUACUCCAAGUAUUUGUCUUCUUCUCUUAAUGUCAUGGAUGACAACAAUUUUAACAAGAACGAUCAGAUACGACUUGUUGUCGUUGACGAUAAUAAGCAAGCCGUAAUCCGUGCUUCCCAAAUAGCAAUGGAACACGCUUUUACUUUGUGUCAUGUUAGAAUCGAAGAAGACAAAUUGAAAGACGACCAAUUGGACAAUACAUUUCGUACAGUGAAUAAAUGGGUGAAGAUGUUAUGGCAACAUACAGCAAUCAACGGCUUAGCGUGUAUCAUAUUCACUGGACAAACCAAUAAAGCCAACGGUGCCUGUUUUUUGAACAUAAAAAGAGAAAUAUCUGAAUUAUGUGACCCGUAUUUAGGAAAAUAAUUUGCAAUUUGUAUAAUUUGUACAUUCCUGUUUGGAGGAUAUCAUAAAAGAACUUUGACUAGAAUCAUAGAGCAUAAAUUAUAGAAUACGUGGAACUUACAAAAAUGUUACGUUAUUUUGAUUAUCUUUUGCUAGAAAUGUACAAAUAUUGUAUUGUUAAUAAACUUUUUUACCCUA